GCAGCUCCAACAUGGCGGCGUUCUGAGUUUUGGAGGAGGGAACUGGGCGUAAAUAAACACGCUUUAGACUUUAAAAAAAACUUUCGGUAACAACACUCGCAUUUUUGUGUUUGUGACAUAUUGUACCAGGGAAAGAAAAUGUCAACUGACGGAAACAAGAAACAAUUCUGGAAAAGAAAUACAGCUAAGGUCCCUGGCAGCAUACAACAUGUGUAUGGUGCUCAACAUCCUCCUUUCGACCCUCUUCUGCAUGCUAAUCUAAUCAAAGUGGGCAACAAGCCCCAGAUUACACUGGCAGGGAAGCCAAAGAAAGCCACCACCUUCCAGGAGUUUGAGAGCAUCACCAGCGAUGCCUGGGACGUGGGGGACGACGACGACGAGCUGCUCGCCAUGGCCGCACAGAACCUCAACAUCGAGGUCGUCAUGGAAACCGCUAACAAGGUGAUUGAGAACCACAGCAAGCAGCAGGAGAAGCAGAGACAGGACGAUGCCGACGCGUCAGAGCUGGAGGACCGAGAGGAAGAGGAGCAUGAGGAAGAGGUGGAAGAGCAGUGGGAGGAAGGGGAGGAAUUGACCCCUGAGGUGUCGUUUGCUUGUGAGCCCAGCCCGCUAAGUGAUGGCAGACUGGUGAAGUCACUGAGUGAGGCCCCCAUCGGAUCACCUAAGGAUGCGUCGCUCCACAGACAGCAGUCCCUGCCCCACCGGCCCACCAUCCCCAUGGUGGCUCGUAUAGCUGACCAGAACACCUCCGGGACCCCAGCCAUGACAGAGAGAGAGGCAUCCCGCCUGGACAAGUUUAAACAGGUCCUGGCUGGACCCAACACUGACCUUGAGGAAUUACGAAAGUUGAGCUGGUCUGGAAUUCCCCGCCAGGUUCGUCCAAUCACAUGGAAGCUCCUUUCGGGUUACCUUCCUGCCAACACAGAGAGGAGAGAGAGCACGCUACAGAGGAAGAGACAGGAAUACUUCGGUUUCAUAGAACAGUACUACGACUCGCGCAACGAGGAGCACCACCAAGACACGUACAGACAGAUUCGUAUAGACAUCCCCCGGAUGAGUCCAGAGUGUCUAAUGCUGCAGCCUAUGGUGACCGAGAUCCACAUUGACAUACCGAGAACUAAUCCCCUUAUUCCUCUCUUUCAACAAGCUUCUGUCCAAGAGAUCUUUGAGCGUAUCCUGUUCAUCUGGGCGAUCCGCCACCCGGCCAGCGGCUACGUGCAGGGCAUCAACGACCUCGUCACGCCUUUCUUCGUUGUCUACGUCUUUGAGUACAUCAAGGAGGAGGUGGAGAACUUUGACGUGUCCAGCUUGCAGGAGGCGGCUUUGCGAAACAUCGAGGCUGACAGUUUCUGGUGCAUGAGCAAAUUGUUGGACGGCAUUCAGGACAACUACACAUUUGCACAGCCGGGGAUCCAAAGGAAAGUCAAGGCUCUGGAGGAGUUGGUCAGCAGGAUCGAUGAAACGGUGCACGUCCACAUGCAGCAGUAUGAAGUGGAGUAUCUCCAGUUUGCCUUCCGUUGGAUGAACAACCUGCUGAUGAGAGAGCUGCCGUUACGCUGCACGAUACGCCUCUGGGACACCUACCAGGCUGAACCUGAGGGAUUCUCUCACUUCCAUCUCUACGUGUGUGCUGCUUUCCUGGUACGAUGGAGGAAAGAGAUUCUGGACGAGAGAGAUUUCCAGUUCUACACCACAGCCCAGGAGCGCUUACCCUGACACACAUUUAGUCACGAGAUGGCCCCAGCAGCUCCCGCAGCCAAUCAAGCAUGUGAAGCAGAAAACUUGAAGUUAUGUGCUCUCAUAAUGGACAUCGUACAUGAGUACAGGCCUUAAUUAAAAAGAGAGGAUGUAUGGCCACGUGAUAACCUGCAUGUUAACUCACACUUAGAAUAUCACCUUAUAUAAUACACACCUCUCUCACGCGGUAUCAUUCAUUCUCUUAAUAUUAGACUGCAGUUGCUGUUCAAAUUUUCUCCAGCCAUACAUCACUUGGUUUAUUAACUUUUUGACAAUACAAAAGCAUACAAUUUAACCUUUACAUCCACACAUUUCAACAAACAUGAAUGACCUCACACUUGCUCAGUCCCACAUGUUCCCACAGUAACCUCGCCCAUCCUGCCCGUCUCACAAUAACACUUUCUCAUUUCUCAUCUCCUGGACAGCUCUAGUGCUUGCAAUACUUUAUGCCAUAUAGCUUCAAACUGCACUAUUCUGCCUCUCUGUAGCCCACAUUCUUUUCAGUAUUUAAUGUGUUUGAGACAUCCAGUGUCUUAACGAUAGAGGGUCAUUUAAUUUCCAGUUGUUUAGCAAACCUUUUUCAAAAUGAUUGAUGAAAAAGUACAGUCAGUCCAACACAUUGGGUAUUCCCCUCGUAUGCCAUGUCUUAAAUUAUGCAGAUAGGUGGAUUUAAAGAGAAUUUAUAUUGUAAAACUUCUGACAGCCAACUCUCGAACUCCGCCCGUAACUUUUGGACUUCAUAGCACUUCCAGAAAGCAUGAAUCAUUGAGUCACUGUUCGUUUUAGACAUGCCUCUGCCGUUGUGCUGUACAAUUUGGGAUUUUUGUCUCUUGUAUAAACAUUUCUGUACAUUAGUUUAUACUGGAUUAAGCGUACAUUUUGUUUAUGUUCCAACACUUGUGUGCCAAUAUCUUGUGCCAAUAUCAGUUAAUUUUAGGUCUUGGUUCCAAUAGUUGUUUAUUUUUUCCAAAGAGAUUCAGUUGGAUAGGCUUUCUGCAAUGUUUUGUACAUCUUACCUCGUAUGAGUAUCCUUUUCUUACUCAAAUAGAAUUCCCUCAUUUGCUUUGAUGUCCAAAAGUUUUCAGGUCAAUAUUUCAUGAUAUACAACUUUUAAGUUGCUUGUAUUUGACAAUGUAUGCGUUGGUCAGUCCAAAGUUUCUUUCUUAAUUCUGUCAUGUCAGUAAUUGUAUUUCCUAUUGCCAAGUUAUUUAUGGUUUCCAUGCGGGCCAAUUCAUCAGUGAAUUCUGAAAAGUAUUGUUCCAUAGUGGUGUAUUUUUAGGGAUUGAGAUUGGUUCUUGUAGAAUUCAUUUCAUUUUCUUCCAUAUUGUCAUAGUUUUCAAUGUUCUUAGCUCCAUCCUUUGAAAAAAGACAUGAGAAGAUUCUGGGGAUGAUCAUGUGCAUCUUCAGUAUGUACCCAUUGUUCCUCUUUAGUGCAUUUAACUAUAUGUUGCAAGUAAAAGCCUUGGGUGGCGAGUUGAUACAUUUCUACAUCUGGAAGGUUAAAACCACCCUCAGAACUAUGAGCAUGCAAUACUUUACAAUUUAUUCUAUUUUAUUUGCCCAUAUAAAGUCUGUUAUGGCAGAGUAUACUUUUUAAAAUAAUCUCUUCAUGGGGUAAUUGGUAUUGCCGAAAAUAAAUGUAAAAACUUUGGGAACCAUACCAUUUUUAAAGAGGUUUAUAUUACCUUUAAGAUUUAUGGGAAGACUGUCCCAUUUUAUUAGAUAUGCUUUCAUGUUGUUGAGUAAUGGGAUAAAGUAAUCUUUACAUAUUUGUUGUUUGUCACUUUCUGCAAAAAGGAGGGGGGAGAGAGGGCAUCCCUGUCUCGUUCCCUUUUCUAAAGAAAUAUCAUCACAUAAUGUGAUGUAUUUGUUUCUGGAAAGUUGAAGGGUACCAAAGUUUUGACUAGAAAAGGACAUUCAAGAUGAUUGGAAGCCUUUUUGUUUUUUUUAUUGUAAUGUAUUAUACUGAAACUUGUUCUUGUAGUUGUUUUUAAGUGUCUGUUUUAAUAAACCUUGUUUGAUUAAUAUGUAUCAAGUUGGAUAAGAUCUUUUGUAAUUCUGUUGCUUAUGAGUUCUUAUUUUUUGUCACAAUUUAUUCAACUUAUGUGUCUGUGUUGUUCAGACUGAAAUAACUGUUUGAUACAUGUACAGUUGAAGUCGGGAGUUUGCAUGACCUGAAAGGCCGCUCAGCAAGGAAGAAGCCACUGCUUCAAAACUGCCAUAAAAAAGCUAGACUACGAUUUGCAACUGCACAUGGGGACAAAGAUCGUACUUUUUGGAGAAAUGUCCCCUGGUCUGAUGAAACAAAAGUACAACUGUUUAGCCAUAAUGAUCAUCGUUAUGUUUGGAGGAAAAGGGGGGAUGCUUGCAAGCCGCAGAAUAACAUCCCAAGCGUGAAGCAUGAGGGUGGCAGCAUCAUGUUGUGGGGGUGCUUUGCUGCAGGAGGGACUGAUGUGGAAGGGAAAUUGAGGAAGAAAAUGAUGUGGAUAUAUUGAAGCAACAUCUCAAGACAUCAGUCAGGAAGUUAAAGCUUGGUUGAAAAUGGGUCUUCCAAAUGGAAGAUGGUAAAAUGGCUUAAGGACAACAAAGUCAAGGUAUUGGAAUGGCCAUCACAAAGACCUGACCUCAAUCCUAUAGAAAAUGUGUGGGCAGAAUUGAAACGGCAUGUGUGAGCAAGGAGGCCUACAAACCUGACUCCGUUACACCAGCUCUGUCAGGAGGAAUGGGCCAAAAUCCACUCAACUUAUUGUGGAAGGCUACCCGAAACGUUUGACCCAAGUGAAACAAUUUAAAUGCAUUGCUCCCAAAUACCAAUUGGGUGUAUGUACACUUCUGACCCACUGGGAAUGUGAUGAAAGAAAUACAAGUUUUAAAUAACUCAUUCUCACUACUAUUAUUCUGACAUUUCACAUUCUUAAAAUAAAGUGGUGAUCCUAACUGACUAUGACUUUUUAUUAGGAUGAAAUUGUGAAAAACUGAGUUUAAAUGUAUUUGGCUAAGGUGUAUGUAAACUUCCGACUUCAACUGUAACUCGGAAGCACUGAAUUGAGUGACGUGUCAUUUCAGUAAAUAGGAACACUAUUUUGUCCCAUAAUGUAAAAUACAUUUAUAUGGGAAAGCAGUCUGGUGCUUUUCUCCUCCCUAAUGUUUUACGAGUUUAAUAUUUAUUUUGGGGUGACUCUUUUUUUGUCUGUUGUAGUGUUGUUGAGUCUGUGUUUUUUUAAAUCAGAUUUAUGUAGAAGCUUUUAAAAUGGUUAUUAAUAGUGUAUUUAAUUAAAGGAUUUUGUUUCUAAUUAAACCAUCGUUUAAAAUUCUAACUUGUUUGGCGUGUAUUAGUUUUGUCAGGGCUGUGUUUACCAGAUUCAUUUGCCAUUUAAAUCGUAUGCUUUAAUUGAGUUUAACCUGU